GGCAGGUUGGAGCCUCCCCCGAGCACCCCCCUCUUGUUCUGCAGGGGCUCCCGGCCGUGCAGCCGCGGCUGGUGGCCGUCAGCAAGACGAAGCCGGCAGAGAUGGUGAUCGAUGCCUACAACCACGGGCAGCGCAGCUUCGGGGAGAACUACGUUCAAGAGUUGCUAGAAAAGGCAUCAGAUUCCAGAAUUCUGUCCUCAUGUCCGGAGAUUAAGUGGCAUUUUAUUGGCCAUCUGCAGAAAAAUAACGUCAACAAGUUGAUCGCUGUCCCUAACCUGUUCAUGUUGGAAACGGUGGAUUCUGUGAAACUAGCUGACAGAGUCAACAGCUCAUGGCAGAAAAAAGGGGCGUCUCAGAAGCUGAAGGUCAUGGUGCAAGUUAACACGAGUGGAGAAGACAGUAAGCACGGCCUUCCUCCCAGAGACACCACGGCGGCUGUGGAGCACGUCCUCAACAAGUGUCCAAGCCUGGAGUUUGUGGGGCUGAUGACGAUCGGCAGCGUUGGGCACGACCUCAGUAAGGGGCCAAAUCCCGACUUCCAGAUGCUGCUGUCUUUGCGGCAGGAAGUGUGUGAAAAGCUCAGUCUCCCUGUUGAGAAGGUGGAGCUGAGCAUGGGCAUGUCCACGGACUUCCAGCACGCAAUAGAGGUUGGAUCCACAAACGUCAGGAUUGGAAGCACUAUUUUCGGAGAGCGGGAUUAUUCCAACAAAGCAGGUGGUGGCAAGGCCCCUGCUGAAACAAAAGGCAAAACAGAGACCUUGACAGUGUAGGGUCAUUAGAUGGGGGGAAAAAAAAGUGGCCUCGAGAGAGGACAGAUGAUGGGAGACCUCACUAUGCAUCCUCACCUCCCUCUGUAUCGGCACUGAUCAUGAUGGUGAGAGGGAAUUCCUCAGAACAGAACAGAGGCCAGAAAUGCCUCAUGAUUUAUUGUGAUUAUAGAGUACCCAUAGAAAUGGGAAAUUUUUAUAACCAACAAAUGAUAAGAAAAUUUAUGGUUGGAAGUGUCUGUGGUGUCUUGGCUCCUUUGGGGUCAUUAAGAACAGUGACUCUUGGAUAACUGGGUGGAACAAACUUAAAUACUUGCCAGGAUGGAGCUGCUAAUGAGGAAGAUGUAUCUGCAGCAGUGUCAGGGAUUACGUUUUUCACUGAGGACUAAAGUUUCCAUUAAACAAGUUAUAAUCUUGCCAGCGACGUUUAAAUGUUUCCCCAAAUAAAAGUUUUGUGCAUGGUCACUACUGAGAGAAUAGAAACGGUGACAGAGACAGACUGGGACAGUGGAGAGGCCAUACCCGUUUGAACAGACAGCAAGCACCCGAGGACGGAGGAGGAACACAGCUGCCAGCAUGAGAUCCUGGCAGAAUGUUUUGGAUGCAGAUCACAAGCGUGGGAGUGUCUUUUCGGCUGGAGCUUAUGUUUGUUCUUUUCAGGCUGACACUGCGAACUUUUCCCAUUGGUUCUGCGUCUGCUGAGAUCUGGGAUGCUUUCAACCUUCCCCCUCCCCUCUUGUGAAGUGUUGUUAGGAGUUAUUUUCAUCCUGCGUAGUAGUUCUUGACGCUGUACGUUCUUUUUUUGGCCAGAAAGGGGCCUUUCCGCCAGGUCCUUUCUCUGCCAUCGGCUCGCUGUUGCUUUCCAGGGCAAGUCACUUCACCAUCGGGUGCCUCCACCGCCCCGUCUGCAUCUGUACGAGGAGAAUAUUUGCAUGUGCACGGGGCAGCAGCAGGGUUUGCUGGAGGCCCUGUGGGAAAAGUACUUCAGAAAGUCAAGUAUUACUGUUCCACUGUGUUCUAGGUUCCUGCAAAAAAAAAAAAUCCUAGUGCCACCGACAGAGCUCCUAGGCUGCCUCUUAAUAUCUUAAGCACUGGUCUAGCCUUGGCUUCUGGAGGAGGGAAACGGGACUCUCAGUGCAGUAACUUUCAUUCGGGUGUGAGCAGAAGCUCCUGCGCGAUCUCGUGCUGGUUUUGGCCAGCAGUAGCUACAGCAAGUCUCUGGUAACCUGUGUUCAACCACGUUUUGGGGCUUUUGUGUGCUGUGAAGAGGAGGAGACAUUGGCUGCCAGCAGGAACAUCCUUCCCAGGCUUUUCUCUGUGUGCGUGUGGUUAAAUCUAGCUGUUGGUUUUACUCUCUGACUCUAAACGCUGAAUGUAAAUGAAAAGAGUCAACUCUAACACCAACCUGUCAUAGCUACAUGGUUUAGAAGCAACGUGCAGUCUGAGCUGCCCUUGGCACUGCAUGUGGUGUUUCAUAGUCUGUUAAUAAAAAGUGGUGAAUUUUAAUACCAUCUGUGCCAACUAUAAAGCUAUUAAAGAUGUUAUUUUUAUGUUC